GUUAUCAUCGAUCUGGCACACCGGCAGAAGUAUAGCUUGAGAAAUGAAAUCCUGAAUAAACAGGAUUGCGGCUGGAAUGAGUUACUGCAAACCUUAAUCCGAUUGGUGCAUAUCCUAUUCACGUAUCAAAAAUCGCCGAAUCAGGCGACUUAAAGAAGGACAAAUUUGGCUGCUUACGUGACUGUGGUGCUAUAUAAAAAAGGGUUUCGGGAGCAACUGAUUUACAUCUCAGAGCAUAAUGAAGGCUUUUGUUGCUUUGGUCUUUUUCAUCGCUGCCACUCAGGCGACUGACUGGCACAACGUACACCCACGCUAUUCUUUCAAACAAACUGCAAAUUCAGUUGGAAAGACCAACCGAAUAAUCGGGGGUGAGAUUGCUUCUGCAGGACAGUUUCCUUUCCAAGCGGGACUAGUUCUCGAUGGAUUUGCUUUUUGCGGUGGCUCAUUGAUUAAAGACGACGUCGUUUUGACGUCUGCCCGUUGCUGUAUCAACGUUGGCGUGUUUGAGGUGCAUCUCGGCGCCCAAAACAUCUACGACUUGUCUGAGCCAAACCAUGUUGUGCAUAUCACCUCGGAUAGAGCCAUCCACAUGUACUUCAACGAUUACACCUUAGAAAAUGAUAUCUGCGUCGUCCGCAUGCGCCAAUUUGUGACAGGUGAAGGUAUCGCUCCCGUCCGGCUGCCCUCGCGCUCCCAGGUUGCAGAAACGUUCGAUGGAGAACCAUCUGUGACCUCUGGCUGGGGAUUGUCUUACGACUUCGCUCCUAACCUAAGUGACGAGCUCAGGUUUGUCAAUGUGACUGUCAUGUCAAACUCUGAGUGCAGCACCUAUUUCGGACCUAACAUCGUGCCUUGUCAAAUGUGCAUCGACACCAAAUUCGGAUCCAGCGGAAUUUGCAGCGGUGAUUCCGGCGGUCCUCUGAUAAUAACUGAAGACGAUGGGAACGUGACGCAAGUUGCUCUGUCAAGCUUUUUCUCGUCAGCCGGCUGUGAAUCGGGAUCCCCUCAUGGAUUUACAAGACUCACCUGCUACUUGAGCUGGUUGGAAACCUAUGGUGGAGUCACAAUUAGACCUUGAAGUAUUUACAUUUAGGAAGUUCUCUCAGUAAAAAGUGUCAUUGUUAUAGUAAACUAGACAAU